AAAAGAGGAGGGUUGUCGUUCUUUUCGUUCGACGCUUUGUUGAAUGUGGGUCGUGGAUCGGAAUCUAUUUCAAUCCAUAACAUAAAAUAUCUUAAAAUAAUCAAAAAAUGACUGAAACUCUUCAAUUAAGAGGGACACUUCGGGGACACAAUGGAUGGGUCACCCAAAUCGCGACAAAUCCAAAAUAUCCGGAUAUGAUACUGUCUUCUUCACGUGAUAAAACUUUAAUCGUAUGGAAGCUAACACGUGACGAAGCCAAUUAUGGUAUUCCUCAGAAGCGUUUGUAUGGUCACUCUCACUUUAUUAGUGAUGUAGUGCUAUCGUCCGAUGGUAAUUAUGCUCUAUCUGGUUCAUGGGACAAAACUCUUCGACUUUGGGACUUGGCCGCAGGUCGUACGACACGACGAUUCGAAGACCAUACCAAGGAUGUUUUAAGCGUCGCCUUCUCCGUGGACAAUCGUCAAAUUGUUUCUGGUUCCCGAGACAAGACAAUUAAACUGUGGAAUACUUUGGCUGAGUGCAAGUAUACUAUUCAAGAUGAUGGACAUACAGACUGGGUUAGCUGUGUACGUUUUUCUCCGAAUCAUUCGAAUCCCAUCAUUGUCUCUGCAGGCUGGGACAAAUUGGUCAAGGUAUGGAACUUAACAAAUUGUAGACUAAAGAUCAAUCACAGUGGACACACUGGAUAUCUUAAUACGGUUACUGUCUCCCCUGAUGGAUCGCUUUGUGCUUCAGGCGGCAAGGACUGUAAGGCUAUGUUAUGGGAUCUGAAUGACGGAAAGCAUCUCCACACCUUAGAUCAUAACGACAUUAUCACAGCUUUGUGCUUCAGCCCUAAUCGUUACUGGCUAUGUGCUGCAUUUGGACCUUGGAUCAAGAUAUGGGAUCUUGAAACCAAAGAAAUGGUUGAAGAAUUAAAACCAGAGGUAGUGUCUGCAACGAGUAAAGCAGAGCCACCUCAUUGUCUGUCUUUAGCGUGGUCUACUGAUGGACAAACCCUCUUUGCCGGCUACUCAGACAAUACUAUCCGUGUUUGGCAAGUUUCUGUAUCUAGCCGUUAAAGACUUUAGACUGGAAUAAAAUAAAAGCAGAAAAAAAAGGAA